AUGGCAUCCCUCCCCCUUCCCCCUAAUGUCUCCAGUCGAUCCGUCUCCACCUCCGCCCUCAACUUCCACAUCCUCGAGGCCGGCUACUCUCCCGACCGCAGCCGUCCUCUAAUCUUGCUUCUCCAUGGCUUCCCCGAACUGGCUUUCUCAUGGCGUAAGAUCCUCCCCCGCCUAGCAGAAGCAGGAUACUACGCCGUCGCCCCCGACCAGCGCGGAUUCGGCCGCACCACAGGCUGGGACACCCGCAGCUACGACGAGGUAGACCUGUCCACCUUCUCGCUCACCUCGCUAGCACGAGACAUGGUGAUCCUCGUCCACGCGCUGGGGUACCGCUCCGUGCGCUGCGUCGUAGGCCACGACUGCGGCGCCGUAUCCGCCGCGAUGUGCGCAUUGAUCCGCCCAGAUUUCUUCGAAAGCGUGCUCCUGCUGAGCCAUCCGUUCAACGGCACGCCAUCACUACCGUUCAACACUGCAACCAACCCUGACCAUGUCCACGGUACACCAGGGAGCGGGAGCGGCAUGGAAUCCGCCGCCAGCAACAGCAUCCACGCCGAGCUGGCCCAGCGCAACCGCAAACACUACAAAUGGUACUACUCCACCGCCUCUGCAAGCAACGAGAUGAACCUUUCCCCGGGCCGACUCCACGAGUUCCUGCGAGGAUACUUUCACCUGAAGAGCGGCUCGUGCGCGCGCAACUACCCGCGUCCGUUAAAGACCUGGACAGCAGCUGAACUAUUCCAACUACCGUUCUACUAUAUCAUGCCGCUGGACGCUACCAUGCCCGAAGCUAUCGCGCUGGAAAUGGGAAACGAGCCGGAGAACGCUCAGCAGCUUUCGCAGGCCUGGCUGCCGGAUUCCGAUCUGGAGGUUUAUGUGGCGGAGUACGGGCGGACGGGGUUCCAGGGCGGGUUGAACUGGUAUCGAGUGCGGACGGCGGGGGAUGGUCGGUUCACGCAGGAUUUCGACACUUACGCGGGGAAGAGGAUCGAGGUGCCUUGUGCUUUUGUGUCGGGGAAGAUGGACUGGGGCAUCUACCAGGAACCAGGGGCGUUGGAGAAGAUGGUGAAUGGGGAGGUGUGCAGCGAUUUUAGGUUCCUGAGGUUGAUUGAAGGGGUUGGGCAUUGGGCGCCUCAGGAGAGCCCAGAGGAGGUUGCCAAUGCGAUUCUGCGCCUGGUGCGUAGUGUCGAAUGA